UGUAUAUGUUUUUUCGUGUAAGCGGCUAAGGCCUACAUUCUUGGAUCGUUGUAUCACAGAGAGCAGAGUCCGUGAACUUCCGUGAAGUGUUGCAUCCUAUCUGAGCAGUGGGUUAGCAUGCAUUCAACUUAAAAAUUAUCGUAACCACUGUAAAAAUUGUUUGAACGACACAAGAGUCAAGUUUGUUUUUCGGUGACUUGAAAAGGUCCGAGACGAUAUUAAAGGAAAAAUAAGGUCAAUAUUUGUCAAUGAGGGCCUUGAUUCAUCUUCUAAUCAAAUGAAAAUAUUGAAUGUGUACGGUUGUAAAUUAUCUUACGCAAUUUAGUGCCGUCGGCCAUGUAGUGUACAAACACGAGCAAAUUCUUGGGAGAUCAGCGGGGGUUUUAUGGUUUGCAAAUCACUUGUAAUUAGAUGUAUCAAUAUACCUAGCGAGAACAGACACGGGAAACAUGUAAUUUGGUUGUCGCUUCUUUUUUCCUCGCCAUGUAGAAGUUAAGCUAUCAUCAGCAAUCAGCUAUUUUGUCAUCCUUUAAUAGGUCUUUAAUAGAUAUUGACGUCCCAUAAUCUGCUGUCGGAACAUCAUUGAGAAGAAUUUACCCUCUAAUCGUAGAAAUCCUAACCACUAAUGUUACAUCCUUCAGUAACCAAAUCAUUUGCAACGUAGAGCUAUCAUGUGACUUUGGGAUGUGUCACGUGGUAGUUAAAAAAGGAAAGAAAAAACAUGGCGCCUUUCAAUGAAUAAGAUGUCGUUUUUGGUGGUAAUACAUGCAUGUGUCUAAACAGAAGCAUGAUAUUUCCACAAUAUGUCGGGGGAGGAAGAAAAGCCAUAAAAAGUAUCAGAGACGACAGGCAUGAAAAAUGACCCAGCGGAAGCCCUAAGGGCCGCGACUGGUGCCUUCCAUUUUCAAGGAGAGAAGUAUUUAAUAGAACCAAUUUCAAAGUAUGAGCCAUCUGCAUCUGGGAGCCUGCCUCAUUAUAUAUACAAACAUUCAUAUGUGCAAAAAAAUAGAACACAGGACUCUCACUGUGGUGUUCGAGAAAAUUAUAAACACACUAGGAGGAAAGAUGGAUUCAACCUUAGGAAUAACAUAGAUAUCAAUUCUUCAUUAAAUUCCCAAAGUGCACAAACUGUUGUAAAUAGUUUACCUGUAAAUAAAUCAUUAAAGUCAUCAUCGUUUUCAUCUUCAUCAUCACCAUCAUUCCAAUCCUCAAAAUCAUCACAACACCAUCAUCGUCAAAAGCGUUCAACGUCAUAUAAACGCAAUGUGGAAGUUAUGGUCGCUGCAGACAACAAGAUGUUAAAAUACCAUGGAAACGACCUUGAAAGAUACAUCUUAACCCUGAUGUCAAUAGUUGCCAGUAUAUACAGAGAUGCCUCAAUAAGCAAUUUCAUCAAUAUUGUGGUAGUGAAAAUCGCAGUCUUCCGAUCAGAACAGGAUGGACCACGCGUAACAUCCAAUUCGGCUGAGUCUCUCAAAGAUUUCUGCACCUGGCAGUAUGUUACCAACCCCACAGACGAUAAUGAUCCCGACCACUAUGACACGGCUGUUCUCUUAACAAGACACGACAUUUGCAGAGCCAGGAACAAAUGUGACACACUAGGACUGGCAGAGCUGGGAACAAUGUGUGAUGCCAGAAGAAGUUGCUCCAUCAUCGAAGACAACGGAAUCAGUGCUGCCUAUACCAUUGCUCAUGAACUUGGACAUGUGUUCAGCCUACCUCAUGAUGAUGACAAAAGUUGUAAGAAGUUUCUGAAAGGCCCUUUCACUGACCACAUUAUGUCCCCCUCUCUGGAUCACAAAACGAGCCCCUGGACCUGGUCUCACUGCAGCUCCGAACUCAUCACUCGCUUCAUUGAUGCAGGUUCAGCGGAGUGUUUAUUGGAUCAGCCUGGCCGCAGGAGAGUGCGAGCAGAGAAGGGGGAGGCUGGAGAACUGUACAGGAUCGACAAGCAGUGCGAACUGAUGUUUGGACCAGACUUCAAGAUUUGUCCCUACAUGCAAGACUGUAAGCGACUGUGGUGUACAGAUAGCAAGUCUAAAUCCAAGUCCUGUCAAACUCUACACAUGCCCUGGGCAGAUGGAACAAUAUGUGGAGCUCAAAAGUGGUGCCAACAUGGAGAGUGUGUACCAAAGUCUAUCCGUAAACCUGUGGAUGGGAGCUGGGGAGGGUGGCAGAUGUACGGGGACUGUUCCAGGACCUGUGGGGGAGGUGUUCGUAUGGCAAUCCGCAAAUGUAACAGUCCAGAGCCAGCCAAUGGAGGAUUGUACUGUACCGGGCGCAGAACCAGAUACAAAUCCUGUAACAACAAGCCGUGUGAUCCAGGCACCAAAGAUUUUCGUGAGAUUCAGUGCUCGGUGUUUGACAACAAUCUGAAGCUGCAGGGUCUCCCCUCCAACGUGCGUUGGGUCCCCAAGUAUGCUGGAAUUCGUAUUAAGGAUGCCUGUAAACUGUACUGCCGAGCCUCCUCCAGCUCCGCCUACUACCUACUGAAAGACAAAGUCGUGGACGGAACUAAGUGUGGACCUGAUACAUUUGACAUGUGUGUGAAUGGCAUCUGCCAGAAAGCUGGCUGUGAUAACAAACUGGGUUCUGAGUUGGUGGUGGAUCGAUGUGGAAUUUGUGGAGGAGACAACUCCACAUGUCGCAUGGAGCGAGUUUACAACCGAUUCAACCUUGUCAAUUUAACUUAUGGGUACAACUAUGUUCAUACCAUUCCAAAUGGAGCAAGAGACAUUCUGAUCAAGCAGCACGGAGUAGUAUCAGGGCUGGAUGAGGACGGCAAUUAUCUAGCACUAAAGAAUGAGAGUCAGUAUUUCAUUUUGAACGGGAACAAAACCAUCAACGUGGCCAAAACCAGGAUCCGUGUGGCAGGUGCUUGGAUCGAGUACAGUGGCUCGGGCGCUCUGAUGGAGACCAUCAAUGCCACUGGACCAAUACAAGAAAGCAUCUCACUGUGGGUCUUGUCCGUUGCAGAGUUAUUCCCCCCUAACAUUGAGUACAGCUAUGUCCUGAAUGUGGAGUCGCGGUUUGUGUGGAGUGGGGAAGGACCAUGGGGGCCAUGUAACAGCACAUGUCAAGGUUACACACAGCAGUCCGUUGUGUGUGUCAGUGAUGAUGAGGAACGAAUAAUUGUCUCCGACAAAAAGUGUGAGCAUUUCCUGAUUACCAGACCAAUACCGAGGAUCAAGCGAUGCAACUUGGGAUGUACUCUCAGGUGGGAGUCAGAAAGACAUGAAUGUUCUGCCAGGUGUGGCGAGGGUGUGGCCAAACAGACGGUCAAAUGUGUGAAAAAGACAGGAUGGAAGGAGGAAAGCGUCUCAGAGGACCAGUGUAGGGGGGUGGGGCACCGCCCAGGGGACCUUGUCAUGUGUACAGGGGAGUGCAAUCCCACACAGUGGCAGUAUACUGAGUGGUCAAGGUGCACCAAGUCUUGUGGCGGGGGCUUUCAGGAGAGGGUUGGGCAGUGUAUGGACUACAGACAGAACGAACUCCCGGACUCCGAGUGUGACAACACCGGCAAAGUGAUGAUCAGGAAAUGUAACGAACAGCCCUGUCCGGAGUGGCACGCUAGUGUCUGGAAUGGGUGCUCACACACUUGUGGGACAGGCAUUCGACACAGAAAGAUAAACUGUUACCAAGGCAAAACCAAAGUCCCAGAGAAAGAGUGUGACCGAAGCAGUCGUCCCUCCAACAUGGAAGUGUGUAACCAGGGGCCCUGUCCCAUCUGGCACACCUCUGGCUGGGAGAGGUGUUCAGUCAGCUGUGGACAUGGAGUCUCUGUCCGUAAUGUCCAAUGCCGAAGCACAGACGGCCAGAUUCUACGCGGGGGGACAUGUGACCCCUCCAGCCGGCCGUACGACACCAGAAAAUGUUACAUGGGACCUUGCCCACUGAUGCCUCCCAGGGUGGCAGCGGCGUUCGAUGUAAAAAAGACCACCACUACCACUACCAGUACCACUCCUACCACUACCACUGAAAGGUUAACCACCACCACCACCACCACUGCAGCAAAUCACAACACAGUCAGGUGGAGAAUCAGCGAUUGGUCUCAGUGUUCUGUGACAUGCGGAGAGGGACGGCGGAACCGCUUUGUGCGAUGUGAAGAUGCCCAAGGCUAUGUCCGGAGCCCAGCCCUGUGUGCUUACAUGGACCGACCGGUCAGUUCCCAGGUCUGCACGGAGAGACCCUGUGGGUACUGGAGAUCUGGACCCUGGGGACAGUGCAGUGUUAGCUGUGGGGAGGGGGAGAUAGUCCGACAGGUCAUAUGUUUCAACUACAACCAUCAGCGGACCUCAGAUCACCAGUGUAACGCCGCCAUCCGACCAGACACCACCAGAAGCUGUAAGGCUGCCGCUGACUGUCCGGUAGAGACCAGUGUUAACUCCAAUGUCAUGAAUAAGAGUAAUUCGGCGUCAGAAUCGAGCCCCUCUAGUGACUGGAGGACAGGUCCAUGGACAAAGUGUUCUGCAUCCUGUGAUUCGGGUUGGCAGAGACGACUGGUUGUGUGCCUGUCAAACAACGAACACAGCGAGCGAUGUGAUGUCAGCCUCAAGCCCAAAGAGACGCAGCAGUGUAAUAUGCCGCAAUGCCCUUCCUGGACCACUGGACUUUGGUCUCAGUGUUCAGUGACUUGUGGAGGGGAUGGAGUACAAAGUCGUAGAGUUACGUGUGAACAAGGCAACACCCGGAUUCUCCAAGACUCCAUGUGUAACAGCACUCAGCGUCCAAUCGUACGCCAAGCCUGCAAUAACGGCCCAUGCAAGACAAAACGUCGUUGGAAGGUGGACCCUUGGCAAUCGUGCUCAGUGACCUGUGGAAGAGGCCACCAGCAGCGGUCAGUCAGGUGUGAAGAUGAUUCUGGAACGGAACAAGACCCCUCGGAGUGCCCCAGUGGUAAACCUCGAAACAUCAAGCAGUGUCACAUGGGCAGGUGUCCGAAGUGGUACAGACAGAAGUGGUCCAGGUGCUCCGUAACAUGUGGUAAAGGAGUAAAAACAAGAAAUCUGAUUUGCAAGACUCGAUAUUUCCAAGUUGUGGACGCCUCAUAUUGUAGUGCAAAAAAGAAACCCAAAACUCAGAAGGAGUGUAGCCGUCGACCAUGUUCCAACUUUGCCUGGAAAAGAACUUCCUGGACUCAGUGCUCCCAGACCUGUGGCUUUGGUACAAAGAACCGUGAGGUGUACUGUGUGGAUCGCCGGGGACAGCGGGUGGACGCCACAUUCUGUGGUCAGCUGCACAAACCCAAGUCUCGGCGCCGCUGUAACGAGUUCCCCUGUCCCUACAUCUGGAACACUUCUCCCUGGUCAGAGUGCAAUGCUACCUGUGGGAAUGGUUUGCAAACCAGAACGACUGUCUGUCAAGCUGUCACGAAGGAGGGGUGGGUCCUGCCUGGAUCUGUGCCCUACGGCUGCCGCCCUGAGGAGAAACCGCCCACCGUACAGCGCUGUAACUAUGGAGACUGUGGCUCCGCCCAUCACUGGGCUAUGGGGUCAUGGGGGAAAUGUUCCGCACGAUGUGGUUGGGGUAUUGAGAGGCGUCUCGUUCUCUGUGUCGACGUCCUUGGAAGGCGACAAUCUCGGAAACGGUGCAACCCUGAGUUACGACCGGAGGCUCAACAGGACUGUUACACUGGACCAUGCUAUGCAAGAUCUUGUGCAGAACUCAAGGAAAAGACCAAGAUUCGCCAUGACGACACCUACAGUUUACUGGUCAAUCGAAGAAUACUCCAGAUAUAUUGCAAGAAUAUGAGGAAAGAGCCAUUAGAAUAUGUCUCCUUAACAGCUGACAACUUUGCUGAAGUCUAUGGUUUGAAGUUACAAAGACCAAAUAAUUGUCCGAAUAACGGCACAAGGCCAGAAAAUUGCAAGGAAUGCAGAAGCAACCUCUAUAAGGAGGCAGGCAACACCACAUACACCAAAAUACGCAUUGACCUUACCUCACUCAAAGUCAUCACCAAUGACUCCACAUUUACCACUGGCAGCUAUGGAAAGACCAUUCCGUUCGCCACUGCUGGUGACUGUUACAGUUCCCAGGGGAAUUGCCCUCAGGGACGAUUCAGCAUCAACUUGGCAGGGACAGGAUUUAUAGUGUCCCAGAACACCAGCUGGUCCCUCAGGGGUCCCAGCGCCUCCAAGAAUAUCCAGAUACUCAACGACGGUGAGUUGGUGCGUGGUCAGUGUGGAGGGUACUGUGGUCAGUGUGUCCCUGACCCCGGCUCUGGACUCCAACUGGACACCCGGCAUUGACCAAUGUCCUGAAUAGGCAAUUGGUUUAACCAAACUUAAACAAGCAAAUCCUCCAAGUCCUAGUGCCUGACUCGCUAUUCCGUCCUUGGAUCCCCAAAUGUCUCGAGAAGUCUCAGUUGUAUUCAGGUAGUCAGGGACAUCCCGCAUGGGAACACAGGGUGAGAUGCAGCUCGGUCAAAGGUUAAAGGUCCAGGAGCAGGUGCUCUGAACCCUAGCUCUCUAAAAGAAGUCCCCUUUACUCCAGGAGAAGGUAUUUGACAGAGGCCCUGGAAGCUGCAGCAAAGAAAAUCAUGAUCUCCAAGCCAAACCAAUGUUGCAUGUAUUUAUUGUGAUCUGAACAUUUCACUGAAUGAGUUCUCAUCUGUCACCAAUCACCUCUGUACAUAAUUUCAAUAAACCCAUCGCCUUCCUAUGUAAACUCUAUGCAUUUACUAUUUAAUUUUCAAGUAUACUGAAAACUACAUUGAAUUUUUUCAUUAUCAUUAUAAUCAUUUUCUGGAAAAUGCUGUAAUUUUUCCUUAUGUUUUCACCAUGCAGGCAAAGCUAUGAUGCCUGUUGGGAAAACCUUUUUUCAUAAUUUUUAGCAAAUAUUUGGUUUAAAUUUUAAUUCAUAUUGAUUAUCAGAUAAGUUCUCAUGAUUAUUCAGACCAUAGAGAAUAUUGAAACAGGGUAGUACAAUGCCAUGUAGGAUGAAACAGAUGUUAAUACAUGCAUGUAUGUGUACAUUUUAUACACGGUUGAUAACAGUGGGAAGUCUGUACUCUGUCGGUUCAUUUUUUUGUCCUGACUCAAGAACAACAAACUACAUCAGAUUGUGUUUUUUUGUAAAGAUAUGUGUAGUAUAUAUUCAUGUGCAAUAUUAAUAAUUAUAUCAGUAGUGCUGAGAACAAAUAGUUGUAAGAUGGAGAGGCAUCCAGCAAUGAUUGUUGGCAUGCAGCAAGAGUAGGUUUAAAACUUCAAAUGGUUGGUUUCAAUUUGUUGUAAUGAAUUUUAUUUUUUGUGUUUUGUUAAAGGGUGGGGGGUUCUUGAAGAAAACAAAAAAAACCUGUUAUUAUUUCUAAUAUUUUAAGAAAGAGAUCUCUUUUUGAAGAGUGUUUGCUCUCUUUCUCUUUUGAAAUGAGGUUAAUGGAGUCUGAAAAGAACAGACCUCUAGCAAAGUCAGGCUUAAUUGCUGCUGAAAUAUAUAACAAUCUCAGGCUCUCUUAAAAUCAAAAGUUAUUUGUAACAUCACUGCCAUUAUAUUCUUGUCAAACCAGUUUUGAUGUUUGUUUACUCCGAAUAUUUAUGUUUUACGGUAUUUGAAAUGGAGACCAAAUCAUUUCUAUGAAUAAAUCAGUUAUACCCAAAGAUUAUCUAGUUGAUAAAUCUGAGAAUGCUUUGUAAGCCAAAAAUAUAAAAAAGGGGGGGGGGGGAAGAUUGGAAAAAAAUGUCUAAAUAAAUACUGUGGUAAUAAUUUUGUUUGAUUUUCAUAUAUAGAUUAUAACACAUAUUUUGUAUACCUUACCCUGGGUCAAACCUCGUUGAAAUAAUCUGCAUUGCGUGGGGUCAUUAUCAUAAGCAUUAGUAGUAAUUUAUUCAAUUUAUGCUAUACCGGUUUUAUUUUAAUUAUACUUUUAGCUGUCUUUUGUUAUAAGUUAUAGGUAGUUAUCAUUUUUCAAGUUAUGCAUUGUAAUGUUAUAGGUUAAUAGCUUUAAUAACCUUUACAUACUCCUUCAGUGAACAUUGCAUUUUUAAGAUAUAGAAAGCACAAGUGCACCAAUCUCUUAAUUAUUUUUUUAAGCUAAUAUAUUAAUUAUUUAAUAAAUAGUUGAAUAAAAACACUCACUGCCCCAUUAAUUGAUAAUGCAAAGUUAUUUUCUUCAGAAUAUACAUAAGACAAGUUGCAGCUGGUUUCAUAUUGUAUGGAUGUUUUAUAUAAUAGAUUCUAACAUUAUGUAAACUAAAAGGCCAGUUUUUGAUAUACUUUAGCUGCAAAAUGCAAUGAUAUACCAGUAAUUGAAAUUGAACUAUUUCAUACGCUGUGGAAUCAAUUUUAUUCCUAGGAGUCAAUGUUUGUUGGUAGCCAAAAUGUUCCUGGUUCGUUUGGAUGGGAGUUAUUUUGUUGGUAGCAAGUUUAUGAUAAUUUUUAUAAAUAUUGAACAAAUGCCUGUGUAUAUAGGUUCGUGGGGAUGUAAAUUUAUGGGCAAGGGUUACCCACGAAAGCCACAAACACUGGUCCCCUACGAACAAUGACUCCACAGUGCACCUAAAUUAAAGGUGUUUUAAACAGUUGUUUUGCAUAUUAGUUUUCUGAUUAUUUAAGGAUUACUGAAAUUUCUACCAAAAACUUGAAACCUUUUUAUUUUUUAAGUCUUUUUUUUAUGAAAAUGAUUUUAUUAUUGCAACAUUUUUAAAAUUGAGUUUUGACUCAUGUCAUGUUUUAAUUAGGUAGAAUUGUAAAUAUGGUAGCUUUUUUAUAUAAUUUAUAAACUUGUACAUAUGAAUUAUUUAUAUGAUUGUAUAUAACUUGUUGAUGUUCCUAUUAUCUUGUUUACUGUUUUUUUAGCUGUGAAACAUGUCCCAUGUACAAGUAAUAUGAAAAUUAUUGAUUGUAAAUUUCAUUUAGAUCAUCUUUGAAAAAAAAAAUUUGAUAAAAAUUUGAAAAAAAUUGCAAUUUUUUUUAAAAAAGAAGAUGCUUUUCUUGACUGAUUUAUUAUCAUUUUUUUAAAUAAUUUAUCACAAAACUGUUCAUUUGAAUAGGUUUAUAUCAAUAUAAUUUUUUUCUUUAUAACUUGAGUUGAUUAUACAGGGAUUAGACAAAGACUCCAGUGUGUGUACAUAUUUUUACCUAUGAAGCAGCCCCUGGAAGAGACCAAGAUCUCAGCUUUACUCUGAUGUCAGCUGUUGCUUCGUCUAUGAUAUUAGUGUGAAUGUAUGUUCUUACAUCAUUAUGUUCAUGUAUGAAACAUUUAAUAUUUAUUUAUAACAUUAUCUGUGUCAGCUUUUGAUAGGAGAUACAGUUGAAAUUUUUAUGAACUUUGAGCAACAUUUUCUUGUAUAAUGCAAUACCUGCUGAAAAUGUAUUGUGACGAGCAAAUAUUGUGUUCUUGUUAAUUUCAUUUUGUUUGAAUGUUGUAAAUUCUCCUGACUUUGGUUAUUGUAUGAUGGUUGUAUUAUUUUAUUUUCCGUUGAAAUGUUAGACAGUAACUCAGACACUGUAGGAUAUCUGGAUGACUGAUGUGACACAACAUGUAUGUUUGUUCAAGGGUAAAUGAGUGUUAUGAAAUGUUUUGUGAAUCUAUUAAUAUUGUUUUUUUUUAAUAUUUAAGAAAUAAAUUAUCUGUAACGUAACAUU